CCCUUGUCCAGCACAGUACUGCUCCCAGCUCCCAGGAUGGAAGUUUGUCACUCUCCAGAGCAAUCCAAUGACACUUCAUACGCUGACACAACUGUGGCCAUCAUCAUUACACUUGAAGUGUUUGCUGGCAUGUGGAUAAAUGCUUUCAUUGUUUCUGUGAUUUUUGUGACCUGGAUCAAAAGGAAAACCUUGAACUCUAAUGAGAAGAUCUUGCUGUUUCUGGGAUCCUCCAGGUUUUGGUAUUUAUGUAUUGCAUGGGUAUAUUCAAUUUUUUUAGUAAUUUAUCCCAAUUAUCUUUAUGUUCACCGCAUAUUUCAGCUACUUAAUAGUGCUCAGAACUUUUUUAGUUAUUCCAACUUGUGGUUUUCUGCUUCUCUUUUUGUCUUUUAUUGCAUAAAAAUUGCCAAUUUCAGGAACAACUUCUUCAUCUACCUGAAAGUAAAAAUUGACAGGAUUGUGCCCUGGCUCUUGUUGGGGUCAGUGUUUUUCUCCCUGGUUAUCGGAAUCAUUGCCUACAAUGUCAUGGAUAAAGCACUCAGUAACAACUUCAAUUUAACCUGCCAGGGAAGGAUUUGGAAAUCAAGCAUCAGCAUAGAUCAACAUUUUUUGCCUCAUUUUAUCACUGGUUUUGGAUAUGCCACUUCAUUCACAGCAGUCAUCUUGUCUACCCUUCUCCUUCUCUUUUCCCUCUGGAGACACAAACGCAACAUGCAGACAAACUCCAUGAAGGACCUCAGCAUGGAUGCCCACAUCAAAGCCAUGAAAUCCAUUCUCUCCUUCUUCAUAAUGUACAGCAUCAACUUUAUAUGUUUGAUCUUGAUUCUAAUUUAUUCAAUGAAGAAUGAAAGUGACUUGAUAUUUUUAACUUACUUAAUUCAAUACACUUUUCCAGGUUUUCAUUCCCUUGUUCUGAUUUUCAGUAAUCCCAGUCUGGAAAAGAGACUGCUAGGAAUUCUGCCCUGUGUGAAGUGCAAAGUUUUCCUCAAGAGGGAACUGUAAGAAAACCCAGAGCCCUUGCAAAAUGCUGAUAUUUCUCUGUAGAAAACAAGUCAAUUGAUUUCUAACACAGCACUCCCGUCAGUGUAGAUGAUAGAGGUGUUCAUCUUUAGGGUUAGGAAUACAUUAUUAAAAUUCUUUGAAUUAAUAUUAAUAGCAGUAGAAUAAAUUAUUAUUCUCAUUUAUUUUGAUAGUUCUUGGAGCUGAAUUGCUGCCAAUAACAAAGUCAUUUAGACGUUGUACUCAUGGAUUGGCUGCAAUUCUGCAAACCUGCCAUAAAUGCUUUGGCGUUUACUGACUGUAACAACUGAGCUAAACAACAGGUUUAUUUCAAUUCUGGUCUACAUUUCUGUUCCAGUAGGAUAUGAUGAAAUGUCUCUGGCACUGGUUGAUAACUGUGUAAUAUGUUGAGCUGUAUCACUGUCUGGCAGUGGUUGAUAACUGAUGUGUGAACAUGUUGAUCCCUGUCACUCUCCACGGGUUGUCACUGAUGCACAAACAGUGAUGCAGGAAUGGUCGUGGGGAGCACAGAUGGGUGCAGAGCCCACUGCCCACACCAGCCCUGUGUGACCUCUCUGUCCCACUUCUUGCCAGAAUAAGAUUGCCCUGCUCUGUGUGACUGCUCUCCUGUUCUGCUUUCCCUUGUUUGUGUGCAUCGUGCAGCGUCGAAUAAAGUCCUGCUUUCAACUGGCACUGACCCACAGGCAGAUGUACGGGGGGCUUGGGCCAGGUGCUGGCAGCUGGGGGUGCAUGGGGGUCUCAGUGAGGCAAAGGCAGGGUUGUGCAGGCUGUGCCAGGGAAAGGCAGAUACGGGCACUCCAGUGGACAAAGCAUAGGGCACAGCUCAGUCCAUCAGCGAUGGUCGUGGUUCCUCUGUGAAAAUAUAUUUCAGAAAGGAGAGAAAUACGGCCGGGCAGUGCGGAGUGAAGAACAAUGUGGGAAACAGUCCUGAAGCAAACAGGGCCAGGGAAGGAAGAGGGGGGGUUGCUCCACGUGCCAGAGUGGACAUUCCCCUGCAGCCUAUGGAGAGGACCAUGGUGAGGCAGCUGUGCCUCUGCAGUCCACAGAAGUCCAUGAAGUAGCUGAGGUCCUUCAGCCCAUGGAGUACCCCAUGGCAGAGAAGGUGUGGUGGGUGUAUCCUGAACGAUUGCAGCCCAUGCAGAGGCCACUCUGGAACCACCUUAUCCUGAAGAACUGCAGUCCAUGGCACGGACCCACGCUGGAGCAGGAGAAAAGCGUGAGGAGGAAGGAGUGGAGACAGCUCAAUAUGACCUGACUGUAGACCCCAUUUUCUG